GGAAAAAAAAGAAGCAAAAAACCUGUCUUGGAAAAAGCUUAGUGUUCAUCCGUCUGCUCGGAGUCAGUGUGGAAUCUAACACCAGCUUCUGGUGGAAUAAUGGCACAUAAUGAAACACAUCCCCUUUUGGAAAUACUAAAAUCAUUCAAUCUUGGCGAUAUGAUUCUAGCCUUCUGUUUAUCUGUGCUUGUGGGCCUGCUGCUGGGUGCUUUGGUAUAUGUUCUGUUGACCUGGGCUUCCAGGCGCAGGGCCACCGCCAGGAUCACCAGGCGCUCUAAAAAGAAAUCUGGCACUUCACAAUCAAACAACCCCAUGAGUGGCCAGCUGGGCCUCUACAGAAGCACUUUUCUAAGCGUCUACAGACAGCCCUCUCUGGAGCCGGUGGGCCCCCUGGGGAGUAAGCCCGGCGCAGAGACGUCCACCUUUCGGCCACUGCCCAAGAGGAGCAGGGCUGGCCUGGAGAUGGCAGAGGACACCCAGAUCAGCAUGUCUGAUGACACAGCAGCUUCGACCUCGUCAGAUUCAGCCUCACUCGUGCCAAACAAGAGACAUUCCUUCUGGUUGGGGGGCAAUGGACUUAAAGGAUUCCUCCCCUCACAGACUCCCCCUCCUGCAUACGACAGUGUCAUCCAUGCAUUUGAAGAGACUUGCACUUGAAACUGUCUGCAUCAAUACAACAAGAACUGAAAGAGAGAGAGAGAGAGAGAGAGCAUUCUGGGAUUACAGUGGACUUUGUGGCUGUGCUCUGCUCUUUAUAUCCCUGCGUUUUGAGUGAUCAAACCAUUUCUGACACUUUUCAGUCCAAAGCAGCAGUGUGUCUUUAACUGAAUAAGACUCUUACGCAAUCAUGUAGUGUCAGCUCAGUAUCAUAUUAUGAGAUAUAGAUUAAGGGUGGGACUAACUAAUCAAAUAUUUGCAUAUCAUUUUCUCAAUUAAUCAGUUGGUUUUUUUCUCUAUAGAAUGUCACAAAAUAACCAAAAAUUACCUGUUUCCUGGGGCCUAAGGUGACUACUUUAAAUGUCUUUGUUUUGUCCCAAAGUCAAAAAUAUUCAAUUUACAAUGAUGUAAAACAGAUACAAAUUCUUUGACAAGCAAGUGUUUUGCCUUUUAGGAAAAAAACGAUCAAAAAUGAGGGAAACACUGUGUGCCUGAUAUUUAAAAUGAUCUUAUAUGACAAUAAAGAUUUGAUCGUGAUUUUA